GGAAACGCGCCGCUCGUGUCGCCAGCGCGCUGCAGAUCCAGGAAGCGGAACGAAUGAAGUUCAUUUCUCACAGCUGGUGAUGGCGGAUGCUGUCGAAAUAGAGACCAUGAAGAAUUAUAACAUAGCGUUUGAGAGGAUAGACCCGAGCAUAAGCCGCUAUCCCUACUGUAUUGUGUGGACGCCAAUCCCCGUGUUAUCGUGGCUGUUUCCGUUCAUUGGCCACAUGGGCAUCUGCACCUCCACUGGAGUGAUCCGUGAUUUUGCAGGUCCAUACUUUGUUUCAGAGGAUAACAUGGCAUUUGGAAGACCGACAAAGUACUGGAUGUUGGAUGUAAGUAAAGUGUAUGCCGGUGGAAAUAAUGCGUGGGAUACAGCAGUUCACAACGCAUCAGAAGAGUACAAACAGAGAAUGCACAACCUUUGUUGUGACAACUGUCACUCGCAUGUUGCCAUGGCACUGAACCUGAUGCGCUAUGACAACAGCACCUCGUGGAAUAUGGUGAACCUCUGCCUGCUCUCGCUUAUUCACGGCAAACACGUCAGUUGCAUAGGCUUCUUGAAGACCUGGCUUCCUUUCUGCAUCUUGACCAGUGUCAUCCUGGCUGUGACUCUGUCUCUAAACCUGCGAUGACCCAGCGGGGUCACACAGAGGCGAACGGGCUCGGCGCCCAUCGGAGACCCGUCACUCCAGCUCAAGCGGGACUCCGGUCAACGUCAACUUGAAGUCCAGCUCUUCAGAGCGUCGAGGAGCUCCACAUCAAAAAUCAAACGCUAGACCUCUUUGUCGUAGGGUAGAGACAGCAAAUACACCAUGGCUUCAACGUCUUGUGGUGAUGUACGAAACGCUAUUCUCAAAACCUGUCUUCCAAAGGCAUGACUUUGGUGUCUCUCUCGAGGGUUAUGGUGCUCUUUUAUCGUUUGGUUAGAUUUUGAUCUCCAAACUAUAACUGCUGUUUAGGAAAUGUAACACUAUAACGUAUAUAUAUUUUAAAUAUAACUUGAAUAUGAAUUUCUAAUGAUGCUGUGUUCUUUCAGAGAACAUGGUUUAUUGCAGAAACAAUGCAUUAUAUAUUGAGAUAUUCUGGAAGAUGGAUUUCCUUUUAAAAUUCUUACUAUGAAUACAAAAGCUAAUUUAAAUGAACACUUUUAAUAUUUAAUUUAAUUUGAGAGUACCCUUUUAGUCGUUUUAUUGGCAAGGCUAACCAUCAACAUAAAUAGCUUUUAAUAUUGUAGCUUGGCAUGCUUAAAGUGUAAUUGUUUUUAUACUAAAAUCUAAUUACUCAUGCAGAUUAGCAUUCAAAAAUGGCUAGUUAAUGAAUAAGCAAAUCACAGUUGCAUUAUGUAUUCAAAAGCAUUCUUUGCACUGCCUGGCCAGCUGUUAUUAUAUUGCAUAAUUUGUUGUUAUUGUAUUAAUUUACUACUAUUAUAUUGCAUAAACCAUUAUGAAAUUGCAUUAUCAAGUAACUUAGUCAAAUGUAACACAUUCAGAAGUGUAAAAUGUAGACUAGGAUUUGAUUUUAUCCAUCGGGAAUUGAUUUAAUCAGACCAGACAUGAAUGCAAACGCUUGAAAUUUCAGUGGCCUUGGUGACUUUAGCCAAAUGAUUGAGAUAAUUUGAGGAAAGGUUACGAUGACGGACGUUUAGUUUUCUAACAUGCACUAAUAAAUCAUGCACAGUAAGACCAGGAAUGAAGGAACGUAAAAGAAUUCAUAAUGUUGCCUUUAAUAAAUCUUUGUUGUCCUGAAAAUCACUUGAUUCACAUUGCAGGGGUUUUGGAUGUUCUGUUUGAAAGCUUUACUCUUUCAAUCAUGAACUAUUAAAUGAUAUAUUUAAUGCUUCCGAUGUUUAUUUUCACAAGAAAUAUCAAACGUAUUUUGUUAUAUUGACUAUUGACUUGGUGUAAUGGCACAGUAUGCCUAGUCUAACAAUCAUAUCGCAUGUAAAAAUGAUAACAUGAUUUAUGUUCAGUAUUUGGAAGAUGCUUAUCAAAACAAAUGCAGUGUCAGGUUGUUUUUUCACCCCCAAAUCAAAAAGAAUAAAUUACAGCAUUGUUUUGUUUAAAGAAAAUGAAGCCUGUUUUAUAUUAUCUUUUGCAUGUGACAUUAUUCAUGGCAAUUAAGCACAUUUCCUACUAUAAGAAAAAUAUUUAUUAAGUUAUUAUACACUGUAAAAAAAAAAAAAAAAAAAUCACAUUGCAGCAGUGGCUGCCAAACAAAAAACUUAAAAUUAAUGUAAAAUGUCAUAAUUGAAACAAGAAAGAAAAAAAGAGUAAAAUAACAGUGUUUUUCUGUAAAACCUUUAAUGAAAACUUCAGUAAAAUUAUUGCUUUAGCACUUUAUUUUAGAGCUGCAAAAAGAUUAGUCACGAUUAAUCAAUACAAAAUAAACUAUUAUGUGCGCAUACUAUAUGUGUGUGUACUGUGUAUUUAUUAUGUGUAUAUAUAUAUAUAUUAUAAAUAUUAUAAUAAAUACACUUGUAAAUAUUUAAUAUAUACAUGAAUGUGUUUGUAUUUAUAUAUACAUAAUAAUUACACACAGUACACAAGUACACACACAUGUAUUAGGCAAACUCAAACUUUUAUUUUGUAUGCAAUUAAUUGUUUGACAGCCCUAAUAAAAAUAUUUUACAUAAAAAUCUAUUUUUUGUAACUUAUUAUAUACAUGCAUGUGUGUAUUUAUAUAUACAUAAUAAAUAUUCAGUACACACACAUAUAGAAUUGCAAACAAACCUUUAUUUUGAAUUGAUUAAUCACAACUAAUCGUUUUGCAGCUCUGUUUUUUUUUUUUUUUCGAUAUUUUAUAUAUGUAAGAUUUUUCUUUUUUAAUUUUACAUUUUUAUUUGACCGUUUCUUAUGAGAUUUUUUUUAAAUAGUGUAUUAAUAUUAUCAUAUUAAUUGUAUUUAUACAUCACGGUAGUAAUUGUAGUACUGCUUUAUUAAUGUUAUUUUAAUACAGUAUUUUUUUAAUGCAGCAACAGUAGAAACUAUAUUAAAGUAAGAAAAAGAAACAUUUUUUAAUUGUCAUGGAAAGCUUAAUUAUCCUAGUAACAGGCUUUGUUUUCUGAAUCCAAAAUACAUUUCCUUCUGAUUUAGGGUGUUUGGCCUGUUUUUGUAAAAUUCACUUAUACAUCUGAAUUGGUCUAUUAGUGUAUAAUUAGGAAGAAAAUUUAUCCUGAGGCCAAAAUGGGCCAUAAACACUAUAUUAUUUUUAUAGUAAAAAAAAUAAAAACCUGUAUUAGAGUAGUGACAUUAAAAUCAAUGUUUUAAUUAUAAUGAAAAACUUAAUACAUCCUAAUAAUAGGCUUUAUUUUCUUUACGCAAGAUUUAUUUUUGCUUGCUUCUGAUUUGGGUGUAAGUGUUUCGUUCGUACAUCUGAAUGGAUCCGUUUGGUGUGUAAUCAGGAAGAAAAACAAUCCCAGAGUCAAUCUGGGUGAAAUCGAACCUUUAUUACUGUAAUCCAGAGCACAGAAAUCCUGUUUGCUUUUCUCCGCUGUAUUCAUGAACUGAGCGUUUCGUUUCAAACGCCGAUCGAAUCCUGCCGUAAUCCUAGACUGUGAUCUGAACACCAAACCCGUUUCCAUGGCUCCUGUGUGAUCAAAUCCCCUCUUUGUUUCGGGUCAAAGAGAAAAAUCACUGAACUCCCCUCCUUACCUAUUGCUCUCUUCUCACAUUUUUUUCUUUUCUUUUUCCUUCUCACACUCUCUCGAUCUUUGGAAGUAUUGCCAAAAGCAGCAGGUAGCCCAGUGUGUUUUGUGCUGGUGGAGUGUCUUCAGACGGGCCGGGGUGUGUGUGUGAGAGAGGAGUGGCCCCUGCUGGUCCCGGCUAGAGCUGAUCACAUUAGAGAGUCUGUGUGAAGUGUGACGUUCUUACUGACGGCUUUCCUGUCUUCAAAGACGUGAACUAGUGGAUCAGAAGCACGUUUGACUGUUCAGGUCAUCACAGCAGCCCAGCGGUUUCCAUUUCCUGUCUGUAAUCUCUGAAAGCUCAUGGCAUUCCACAGCUUUAUACUUUUAGAAAACAGUCAUUCAUUCACUGAGGUCUUUCUGUGGUUACUGAAUGUGACCCGGGACCACAGAACCAGUCAUUUUUGAAACUGAGAUCUAUACAUCAUUUGAAAGCUGAAUAAAUGAGCUUUCCAUUGAUGUAUGGUUUGUUACAUCUAUCUAGUUUGAUACAACUAUCUGAAAAUCUGGGAUCUGAGGGUACAAAAUAAAUCACCUUUUAUGAUUUAAAAUAAAUCAGUUGUCCAAAUAAAGUUUUUAGCAAUGCAUUUUACUAAUCAAAAAUUAAGUUUUGAUAUAUUUAGGAUAGGAAAUUUACAAAAUAUCUUCAUGGAACAUGAUGUUUACUUAAUAUCCUAAUAAUUUUUGGCGUAAAAGAAAAAUCGAUAAUUUUGACCCAUACAAUGUACUGUUGGCUAUUGUUACAAAUAUACCCGUGCUACUUAAGACUGGUUUUGUGGUCCAGGGUCACAUAUGUUAAAUGUUAAAAUUCAAAUGCUGCUUUCCAAAGAUAGGGUACAAGAUGGGGCCUGAGAAAUUAGUAGAUAUUUAAUUCUAUUUUUAUUUAUUUAUUUAUUUAUUUUUAUGAAGCCAUGUUCACAUAAUUUGGUUCAGGUCUAAUUGUUUAGAAGCUGUUGUUUGUGUGAUGAUUUUUAUUUUUUUUUAUUUGAUUUGAUUUGAUUUGAUUUGAUUUGAUUUGAUUUUACUUUGCAGCUUUGUUAACAUAAUUUGAUCCAGGUCUAAAUGUUUACAAGCUGUUGUUUGUGUAAUGAUUUUAUUUUUAUUUAUUUUAUUUAUUUAUUUUUUGCAACCAUGUUAACAUAAUUUGGUCCAGGUCUAAAAGUUUACAAGCUUUAGUUUGUGUGAUAUUAUUAUUAUUAUUAUUAUUAUUAUUAUUAUUUUAUUUUCAUUUAUUAGUUAUUUUUUUAAUUCAAUUAAAUGUUAAUGUUAUAAUUUGUAACAAGCUUGCAAAUUUGGCAAGCCAGUGCUUAUUACUUAGAAAAUUAUUAUAAUUGCAUUGUAGUUAUUUUUUGAUUGUAGUUUUCUCACAAAAUAACUAUAACUAACAGGGUUGAAAGCUGAGUUUGGCCAGUUUAGUCAACACCAAAUUAUUUGUAAACAUUAACCACAUUGAA